CUUGCAAUCGCGCGGAGUGCAUCGCUAGUUUGCUGCUGGUUUGUCGAUUUGUCUGGUGUCGGGCAAUACAUCAGCGGCUAGGGAAGCAGAAGGAGAAUUCUGUCUGUAUUUGUACGAUUGUUACAGGGAGCUGAUAUAAGCAGUAGAGGAAAGAUAAUAAAUACAGUGUAGCCUCCGUCGCGCAUAACCCACCGUGCUCGUGCGUAGUCCACAUAAUCGCCGUCACGCGAAAAAGAAAAGAAAAACUGGGCCUCUGGUACUCUGGGCAUAUCUUGUCGCCAAAAUAUUGGCGAGUGUAUUUCGUUUACUUCACUCAGAGGAUAUCAAGUGCUGCAAAGUUGCCGUCCUUAUAUAAUUGAAGGCUGUUCUCCAAGAUUGCUGUUUGUGGCGAUUGUUUUACAAUUGCAUCUUUCAGUACGUGUCGUGUGAAUGGGAGUGUAAAUCCACAAAAGGCUCUCCCGGAGGUGUAAAUGAUGUUUAGUUAUUGAAAUUGUAUUUCUUUACGGCCACGGACAGCACGGGCUGGUAAUUCUUUUAUAGAAAAUAGUGCAACAAACCCCUAAAAGUCAUCCCCCGUUUUAUAGGUGUGGUGUUCUUCAAGUUUUCCGUCGUUCUAUAAUGAUUGAUUAGGAAAAUGAAAAAGUGAAAAAGGAAUAGCGCCAGUAUCUGAAAAGGGAGGUUGAAAAAAUCGUGGUGUAAUUUGCUUGAGCUAGCGUGAAAGAGCAGUGCGAGAUUCUAUUCAAUAGGCUAGUGUAGUGUGAAAGCUAAUUCGGCUCAGACACUCGCAGUAAUAAUGGAUAAAUCAGGCGGAGGUGACCCACAAGAAGGUGGCUCAUCGACGCCGCCGACGUCUUCGUCAUCGUCGACAUCAAGUCCGGCACUUGGGUGUGGUUCCAAUAGCAGCGGUAACUCGCCAGGAACCAACUCGUUAACACUGAAUGUGACCACGACGACUGGCGGCAGCUUCUCAGUCAUUGUAGACAGCGAAAAUUCCGUAGAAAACCUGAAGAAAAUUAUAUCGAAAAAGCUGAAAGUUUCCAAGGACCGUAUCUGUUUGCUGCACCGUGAGAGAGAACUCAAUGACGGAACGCUUCAUGAAAAUGGAUUGUUGGAUGGGUCGAAAUUGAUUCUCACACCUAACGUUGAAACUGGAUUAUUAGCACAGCGUGCGGAAAAUACGGUGAUGCAAGCGCUAGAAUCGCUCAACGAUAGUCAGGUGAACGAUUUUCUCAGCGGCAAGUCACCUUUGAAUCUAAGCGUCCGACUCGGCGAUCACAUGAUGUUAAUCCAGCUUCAGCUUAGUACCCUGAAUUCAUCCUCCCAGAGCGGGAAUCGAUCGAAGGCUCACAAAUCAAGGACCGUCACAGCUUCAUCGACGAACGUGACUCACACUUCAAACACCAACUUGAUUCAAGCUUCGUCGUCCCGCAGUCACGGUAGAACCGCACUGCCGAUUAGCUUCCGCAGGAUAAUGGCAUCUGAUAACACCAUCCCUGCCGCGCAGCCUAUCGUUGACCAUGUCCGUGAAGCCCAAUCCUUAACCAAGCAGGAAAUCGAAAACAUUCAUAGCAUAGUAAAAAAUUUGACUGAAAAUGAUAACUCUACGAUAGCAUCAAUCGCACCUGCUGGUGAGAGCAUUUUGGAACACAAUUCUAUUCCUAAAGUUACGAUCUCGGAAUCCCCAAUCAAAUCACUAUCCAAUCUAGUGUCUAGUUCUGUCAACACAAGUAACAUUCCACCGUCGUGUAACAACAAUGCUUCCCCGGAAAGUCCACCAUUGGUUUGUGCGGAUCCAAUAAGCGCUAAUCUUACGUCAUGUUUAUGCAGACGAUUGGAUAAUAAUGACAACAAUUCGUGUGAAUCCAACUGUCAAACGCGAAUUCCAGAACAGCACCAACCAUCAACUUCCAUCACAACCCUACACCGUACUGCACACAAUCCUAUUGCUCGUCACAAGGCGAAAAUCCAGACUUUAAGGAAACAUACUAGUUUUGAUGGUUCUGCCUUACAGAAGUCUGACCAAGAAAUGUGUACCCAAAGUGGAUCACUGUCAGCUCCAAACUCACCACAACGUAUAAGUCAUACUCAACUGCAGCAGAGCCGUAGUCAUCACUAUCAACAUCAUAAUCUGCUUCAGCAAUCACAGCUUCAUUUGAACCAGCAGGCUGGGACAAGCAGCAGUCAGUCUCGCGUUCCGACCGGUGAUCCAAAUAACGUUGAAAAUCCUGCACUGGCCGAAGCAUCUCGCAAUUUAACACAAACCCUUCGAAAACUCUCGAAACGAGUUUUCACCAACAAAAGCAAUGACCAAUCGCAGGAUGCAGCAGGAAAAAUUUCCAAUUCUGGAGCAGUCAUUGAAUCGAUGAAACACCACGGGAAGGGUAUCUAUUCCGGAACAUUCUCAGGAACACUGAAUCCCGCAUUGCAGGAUAAAUUUGGUCGUCCAAAGCGAGACAUUUCUACCAUUAUUCACAUUCUGAAUGAUCUACUGAGUGCCGCUCCGCAAUGUGCACGAACUGGUACGAAAAUUUACUUUGAACCGACACAGCCUACCCCAACAACAAUUGCUCCCGCUAAUGGUGUUAAUUCCGGAGUCAAUACAACAAAUCCAACCAGCACUACUAGCACCCGGAGCAGCAACAAUCUACAGACAACUGUUGCAAUGGCUCCCUCCACACUUACUAAUAAUGACAGCAGUAGUAAUAGAAACAGUUUCACAAACCCAGCAGCAAUACAAAGUCCACGCUUAGUUACAAGAUGUGUGCCGACACCGAUUCAGACCAAAAAAUUUCCCAGUAGUGUAACAACCGUAACUAUUGCUGGUCCUAGCGCUAGCGAUUGUAUUCUGUGUAAAUCCCAAAACACGAGCUUACCAUCCACGAGCAGUGCAGUCUAUGCCCGUUGUAAUCAUCAUCAGAAGAUGAUUCCUAAAGUAUUGUGCAAAUGUGGACAUCCACUGACAGCUACGACAACAGCGAGCAGCAACAGUAGUAGCAACAAUAGCUACCAAUGCCAACGCUGCGCAGCCAUCAGUGCCGCGGAGUUGGAAAACUCCAAAACCAAAUCGAAGCUAGACAACCUCCGUCUGAUUAUGCAGCAAAAAAAAGAGCGUCGAGAAGCACGCAAGCAAAAGUGUGCUCCGUAUAGCAUGACGACCUCCCUGGCCAUCUCCCCCUCUGCCCUAGUGCUAGCUGGGGGCAGUGGGUCGACUUUGGAGCCGGUUCGCACUGUACACCGACAGCUUGCCGCCCCGACUAAUACCACCGCAAACGACAUCGAGAUGAUGAACACUGCAGCUGUGGUGGAAUCUGUAGCACCAGCACCAUCGGCGACGACGACGGCGGCGGACAUAACAGCAUCCUCACAAGAAUCAACCAACAGUACCCACACCAGUAUCGGCAGUACCAGUAGCAAUAACAGUGCAGCCACUGCCACCGCUACGGCCACCACUACUACAUCUGCAACCGCGGCAGCGGCUGCGACGGGAACAACCGCAACUUCUUCGGAGGCAACCCAAAAUGCCCAUCAACUUGUGGAGGAGGUGGAUACUGUUGCAUAAGGUGUUUUGUAUGCUUCGUUUGUCACACCGCUGAGAGAAGCAACGUUCUGUUCGUGCGAGAGAGAUGGCUUCCACCAGUGCUAUAAUAUUUGGACUAUUGACACUGGCUCUAGGAUAUUCCAUAUCGGAAACCAAGCAAAAACAAAAUGACGAGGCACAAUUACCACCUAAUGGCGCGCUACCGAAACUUGUAUUAGAGGAACUGGAUGACACAAAAAUCACCAUGGGAAAAUUCAAUAUUAGGCUUUUCCGGUUGAAAUCGUCAUACUUACUCACCUGGAAAUCAGUCCCAAAAUAAUUGGCAUCAACCGUCGGUGGAAAUAUUUGUUUACUUGCAAUUUCGAAAAUCAUCGCUUCUUCUUGAUAGAAGUUCCAAUUAUUGCUGAAAAAGAUAAUGCCUUUGAGACCCAACAAUGACAUAUUCUAGAUUAUUCUAAACUUAACCAAUGCCACUGGAUUAGCUAAGGCACCAAGAGAAGAAAAAAAACCUAACUCUAUUGGUUGGUAUAAACAAGAUGCGUUAGAUGGUUCAACAUCAUAAUUUUAUAGCGAGUGAACAUGCUGUACAAAAAUAUAAACAAAUGAUUAGUCAAAAUCCAACACAAAAUAUGUAAUGGAUUAGUCAAAUGACACUGAUUGCAUAAAUAGUAGUAGAGUAAAAAUUGAAUUCAAUGAAAUUAUUGAAAAUAACUAUAAAUCGUACUAUAAUCAUAAUAAAAUUCGAAACGUAUCUAAUUGUUCUAAACAAUAUUGAGAUAGGGCAAAAUGAUCUCCAACUACUAAGCAAAUAAUCUUUAUUGAAAAUACUUGAGAAAAGAAAACAAAUACAGAAAUAAUUAGCCAAUUAUAUACUGAAGAUUGAACUGCGACAACCAAGAAACCUUUAAUAAUCGUUCUUACCCUUGAUGCAAACCGAAGUCGCUUUAGGGUUUCUAGUAAGACUUGAAUGUAUCGCCUGUACUAGAUAACGUAUAUUGCUUGCAUUUUCUUUUUCCUUUCUGCACAUUGAUUGUUCCUUUUUUUCAUUGGAGUUAGUUACAUAAGUUAUCAAAUAACGAACCGAAACGUGAGAUGUGUUCAAAUCGCAGAUCAGCGGCGUGAUUAGAUAGUUAUUUUAUCUUUCCUUACAAACGAAAUUGUUUUUGAGUUUAAGAAGCAAAUAUCAUUGUAUGUGGUUCGAUACUGUGUUUCUCUGUUUAGACAAAUUGAAUGGCGGUUGAUUUAUUGUGUUAUCAUGGAAGUAAAUAUAUGUAAUAAAUUAAUUUGAGAUAAAUGAAAAAAAAACAAUUAAUUGAACUUUAUUAAGUGCAAAUCAAAAACAAAAUUAAUACCCCAGCUAUAGAAAAAUCUGCAAAUUUAGAACUAAAUAUGAAGCAAAUUGACGAUGUGAAUGAAUCACACAGGAGAACAAUGACGAUUAGGUGAAAUGUAUGGUAUGAUUAUAUCUAUAAUCUUAGAAUAUACGUUCGAAGUAAUAAUUAUAAUAAGCAGUAACGAUAAUCAUUAUUCUGAGAAAAAUGUGUUUUGUGCAUCUGAAGUAUGGGAAAAAAAUAAAGAUAAACCAAAACAUGUGUUGUUAG